AUGGCAUUUUUUACGUGGGAAGACCUGAAGAUUGCGUUUAAUUUUUUCUGUACGGUAUAUGGCAUUGGUACAUUGGGUCUUCCAUCUAAUUUUGCUCGUUCGGGUGCAACACUUGCGUCCCUUGCAUUAAUCUUUAUGGGGUUUGCUAAUAUUUGUUCCUGUGUCGCUAUAUCUCGAGUCAUGUUAGCUGCUCCAAAGAAUGUAAAGACAUAUGGUGAUGUUGGAGAAUGGUGUUGUGGUUCCUUUGGACGUUAUCUUGUCGUUUUUGUUCAAUUUGGUGUCUGUUGUUUAGUACCAUGUGCAUUCCUCGUACUUGGUGGUAUUCUUCUUGAUGGAAUCUCACCCAAUGCAUUUGAUCAGCAGUAUUGGAGUAUCAUCAUGGCAACAAUGCUCUUACCCAUUAUUCUUACACCAACACUCAAGGAAGGAGCUGCUGCUGCAUUUGCUGGAUGUCUUGGAACACUUCUUGCGGAUACAAUAUCUCUUGGAGUAUUAAUGAAUGGCAUUGGUUUUGACCAUCCGUCUGUGAUUGAGCCCACGUUUGAGUUUAGUCAAGUGGCAAGUUCAUUUGGUAACUUAGCUCUUGCUUUCUCUGCUGCUGUGCUAGUUCCUGCUCUUCAACGUGAACACUCACAACCAGAGCGAAUGCCCCGUGUUGUCGCUACGACCAUGAUUUUUACAGCAUGCUUAUUCCUCAUCAUUGGUGGCACAUCGUACUCAUUUGUCGGUUGCCAGAUCCCAGGUAAUCUCCUGUUUGCCAUUGGUGGCACAGCUCUCAAUCUGAAUGCAAAUCGCGGUGCUGUCGUGCUUGCUUAUAUGUUCAUGCAACUGCAUAUCACCAUCGCCAUGUCCGUGAUUCUAAAUCCCGUGCUUUACAUUGCUGAACGUGGUAUUUUGGGCAUGCACAAACGUCCUCUACUUGCUGCUGUGGAUGAGGAGUCUCCAUUGUUUGAGGGAAUCAUCACGCCGCAGAAAACCCAUUCCGUGUCCAUUGGCAACUUUCCACCGGGUCCACCUGUCGUGCCCUUAGCUGACGCUGAGCACGAUUUAUCACCGGAAGCUUUACUCGAUGAAUAUCACAACAGCGGCCCCGUCGUGAUUGCAAAAUACAUGACGCUGCGCAUUGUCAUUGUUGUGAUUCUCCUCGUCAUCGCCAUUAUUUUCAAGGAUCAUUUUGUGGAUUUUACAGACUUUGUCGGUGCGUGGGCUGUCUCCAUGGCCUGCAUCGUUCUUCCAAUCUUUUUCUACCUCAAAGUGUUCUGGAACCGCACUCCAUGGUACGAGAAAGCCAUCGGCACGUUUAUCAUCCUUAUUUGUGCCGGUCUGGGUGGGUUUGUGACGUAUACGACGGGAAAGAACCUCUUCUUGAACAUUGUGAGUGACAAGACGUUUCAGUACUGUCCGUCGGGCUACGAUAUGAUCGUGUAUACGAACGAGACGUUCUACGACAACUAG